UCGAAUGCUUUAGCAUUCACCAGGAAUAAAACUACACUAAUUCUGACAAUUUUGCAAUAACUCUUUGUGAUAUAGUGCUUUUUCCUCCUCCAAUGUAGUUAUGAAACGUGCUGCGAACAUUUUCCACUCAAUUUACGAGCAUUUCAGAAAACCAUAGUAAAUGUAACAAAAGCAAAUGUUACGCAGGUGAAACAUUGACAAAAUGCAUCAUAUAACGCCGGAAUCUCAGAACAGUGCCGACAACGGUCCAAAAUUUGAUGCAAAACAAGAGAAAAACAAACGAGUUACGGGCAAAACGUGCAAUCUGCGAGAGGGCCGAGGCUCACUGGUCAUACAGAAUGUCGCAGCCAAACGAAUUUCCGGUCAAAACGACGGGUUCAGCGAAAAGAACAGCCAAUUUAGCGACCAUUACGGUUCGCGUGCCAGUAAACGUGCCAAGGCCAAUGGUUCCACGACGUCCAGCGGGACAAUCGACUCGUCCGGGAGCACCUGCAGUGACGGCGAUACGUCGUCCUCGUACGGUGAAAGCAAUCUGCCCUAUCCCGGGUUUGUGGAGUAUUCGCUCAAAUAUCUUCGUCAGGACUCGAAACCGCGGAUCUGGUGCCUGCAGCUUAUUACUAAUCCGUGGUUUGAGCGAAUCUCCAUGCUAGUGAUAUUACUUAAUUGUGUCACGUUAGGAAUGUAUCAACCUUGCGUAGACGAUGCUUGCGUUACGAAUCGAUGUAAAAUAUUACAGAUUUUCGAUGAUAUCAUUUUCGCAUUCUUUUCACUGGAAAUGACAAUCAAAAUUGUGGCCAUGGGAGCGUGGGGCAAAGGCACCUACCUGGCGGAUUCCUGGAAUCGGUUGGAUUUCUUCAUCGUUCUGGCCGGUGCCUUGGAGUAUUGCCUGCAGGUUGAAAACUUUAAUUUAACGGCUAUCAGAACGAUCCGUGUACUGCGGCCACUCCGAGCAAUCAAUCGAAUUCCAAGUAUGCGAAUUCUGGUCAUGCUUCUACUGGACACUUUGCCGAUGCUGGGAAAUGUUUUGCUGUUGUGCUUUUUCGUUUUUUUCAUAUUCGGUAUUGUAGGUGUCCAACUGUGGGAAGGAAUUCUACGGCAACGAUGUGUGAUAGCUUUACCGGAUAACGUAUCUACUCCAGAGACCAUACCAGAAGAAUACCGAGUCCGUGUUCGCGUCAAUUCCAUAUCAUUCUACUAUGAGUUCUCGAAAGAACAGGACUACAUAUGUUCAAAACCGGAUGAUUCAGGGAUGCAUCUGUGCAAAGAUCUACCGCCAUACCGAAUAGGACCACUAGUUUGUAAUGAUUCUGCAAUCCCCUUUUCGAACAACAUACCAACACGCACCUCUUGUGUCAAUUGGAACCAAUACUACACGAACUGUACUCAGUUGGGAAGUAAUCCAUUUCAAGGGACUAUAUCUUUCGACAAUAUUGGCCUAGCAUGGGUGGCGAUCUUUCUGGUGAUAUCACUCGAAGGUUGGACUGAUAUUAUGUACUAUGUACAGGAUGCUCACAGUUUCUGGGACUGGAUCUAUUUUGUGUUACUGAUCGUGAUUGGAUCAUUUUUCAUGAUAAACCUUUGCCUGGUCGUCAUCGCCACUCAGUUUUCCGAAACCAAAAAACGAGAAAUGGAACGAAUGCGACAGGAACGGGCUCGCUUUACAUCCACCUCCACACUAGCGUCUAGCACAAACAAUUCCGAACCGACAACCUGCUACGCGGAAAUCGUCAAAUACAUUGCUCAUUUGUACAGGCGAUUCAAGCGUCGACUGAUUAAGAAGUUACGAUUGUAUAAAUACAAUUUUCAACACCGAAAGGAAGGAUUGCUAUCGCACACACCGGAAACGUUAACUUUGUCGCCCAACAGGCUGAAAGCACAUCAUCCGAAAUGCCCUAGAAUCAAGUCCCUGUCGAACAGCAGCAUCCAUAAAAACAAUCAGGAGGUCUAUUCUCCCACUUCCAUCGUAUCUCGGCAUAUGAAAGCGUCAUCGGUUUGCAGCGAAAAACAUUCAUCGUCGGAUGUAUCGGAAAUGGUUUCGGCAGAAAACAUCAAAAACAAUGUCCUAAACAAUUGCUCAAACUAUGCAAACACUGAGGACCGGCAGAAAGUGGUACUGCUGAAGGUGCCCAACAACGAAAAUAACCAAUCUUCAACCAAUUCACUGAGCACGUCAGCGUCAACCGGCAGAAGAAAAUCGUCCGUGAUGUUCGAUGAGUGUGUUAAACAUCAUACCACUCCGACCAUUCCGGAACCACCGGCCGAUAAAAAUGUGUACUGUUUGGAAAAAAUGACGCAGACGAGUGAUGCUGGUAUUUGGCAGGUUAAUCUACCGCAGUCUCUGCAAACAAUGACAUCCGUUAUCAACGAUUAUUCGGAGCUAUGUUUGACGGAUGCUAUGACAUGUCAAGAGUUGCUUGCAUUUUCCGUGGCGUUUUCGGCUGCACUACCGACCGGACACACGACACUGGAAUCGUUCUACUCAACGCUGAUGAGGACGCGGACGAACGACAGUAAGAAGUCACCGGUACCGAGCAUUCAAGGGAACAACGCAAAACACGUAUCACAGAAAGUAUCGCCAACGGCUUCGAACUGUUUGGCACAAAAUUCAGCGAACAUCAAUAACAUUAACCUGGAAGAGUUUUCCUGCUGCUACGAACUAUACCAGAAUGCGGCACUGGCCGAAAAACACACCAAAGAACAUUCGAAGGCGUACUGCUGUUUGGCGGGGAUGUGCCGACAGAUCAAGACAUGCCUUCGGUACGUGCGCUCAUGCAUCAAACGAUUGGUGGAGCACAAAUAUUUCCAGCAGGGAAUUCUGCUGGCCAUUCUCAUCAACACCCUUUCGAUGGGCAUCGAGUAUCACAAUCAACCGGAGGAGCUGACCGCAAUCGUAGAAACCAGCAACAUUGCCUUCUCCGCCAUAUUUGCGGUUGAAAUGGUGCUGAAGAUUGUCGCCGAAGGUCCGUUUCGAUACGUGGCCAAUGGAUUCAACGUAUUCGAUGGAGUUAUUGUGAUCCUAAGUGUCGUCGAGCUGGGCCAAGCGUACCUGGGCGAAGGACAAGGAAGCUCGGGAUUGAGUGUGCUGCGAACGUUCCGUCUUUUGCGUAUACUAAAACUAGUCCGUUUCAUGCCGAACCUGCGACGUCAGCUAUUCGUGAUGCUACGAACUAUGGACAACGUUGCGAUAUUCUUCUCCUUACUGAUACUGUUCAUUUUCAUUUUCAGUAUCCUCGGAAUGAAUCUGUUCGGUUGCAAGUUCUGCGAUAAAAACGAGACAACCGGUGGUGAGGAAGAGUGUGAUAGGAAAAAUUUUGACAGCCUCUUGUGGGCAUUGGUGACCGUUUUCCAGAUCCUUACCCAAGAGGACUGGAACGUCGUUCUGUUCAAUGGAAUGGAAAAAACAAGCCACUGGGCAGCAUUAUACUUUGUCACCCUGAUGACAUUCGGGAACUACGUGCUGUUCAAUUUACUGGUAGCCAUUUUAGUCGAAGGAUUCAGCUCGGAGAGGAACGAGAGACGAGAACGUGAACAACGCGAACUUGUCAAAGCUAAAUUGAAUGCCGAAUCGUUGGCCGCACAAGAACAAAAUAGCGAUAUUUUUGACGAUCCUAAAAGCUUCUCCGAGUCAACCACCAGCGACAGCUACAACGAAGCCCGAGGGAAGUGGUUCAGUGCAGAAGAAUUGCGAAAGAUCAGAGAUAUUAAAUGCAACAUUCAGAAACAACGUUUACUACAACCGGAUUAUGAUAUAAACUUAUCCAUACCGAAAUUAAACUCAGACAAAGACAUCCUAAACUCCGUUGAUCCACACGCAACCAAAAAGAAAAAAUGCGAACCACUAACACUGUACAACCUGCAGCACAUAGACGCUCCCAUUAUAACGACAACGGCUGCCACCCCACAGGACUCUCCGAAUGGAACCCUGGAAGUGGGAAGCGGUUUCCGAGAUUGGGAAAACAUGCAAUCGGAGAGAGGCGAAAGUGCAACACUACUCAAACCACCGCCGGUUCUUGGUUCUCUGAAAGCAAUAGAUGAUCGAUCCUUCCUAGAAGGGACACCCGUGUUCAAUGAAAUUCGAAGAAAGUCUGAAAAAUCUCACAACACUCCGAAUGAGUACCGACAAUCAACCGGCAAUCGUGGUCGACAAUCAAGCUUGAGUGAGACACAGGAAAAACAUGGAAUUUCACGAAAAUGCAGCUUAAAAUUACAAAACAAUGCACUGAAAGAGAAGGAAGUCCUGAACAACGGAAGAGGACAAACACUAUCCAACAUUCGAAAAAACAACACUCUACUUCAGAAAACCUACCGCAUUCAGAAUGACACUCAACGGGAUAAACAUAGUGUUUCGCGGAGAAACUCCACCAGAAGGUCGUCCUCGGUUCGCAUGGGAAGCAAUACGGGCAGCAUAGCCAGCAACAUAAGCGCCACGUCUUACUCCAAAUAUCCGUACAAUGAAAACGAUCAGUUCUUUUUCGAUCGGAAAAACUCGCUACGAUUGAGUGACAUCCGAAGUCCGAACAAUGCCCGUCGAAUGUCGGCGAUCGAGCAAACAUAUCGGAAGCAUUCCCGCGUGGCACUGCACAACUUUGAACUGCGAAAGAUUCAGGAAGAACUCAGCAAGAACAACAAUCAACCGGCAGCCGCACCGGAUACGGUUGAACAAGUCCAGAACUCCACCGUGGAGGUUUCACCCGCAAGACAGAAGAAAAAGUCCAAAGGACGGUUGAAGCAGUUCUUCCGUUAUGUAACGCCUCAUAAUUUUGUGGAGGAACGGGAUUUGUACACUCUGUACAUAUUUCCCGGGGACAACCGAUUCCGUCAGAUGUGUAGCUGGUUCGUGAAUCAGAAAUGGUUCGAUAAUGUGAUCCUGCUGUUUAUUGCACUGAACUGCAUAACAUUGGCUAUGGAAAGACCCAACAUACCACCCAACUGUCCGGAGCGAUACUUUCUGUCAACGGCGAACUAUGUGUUCACGGUGGUGUUUGCAGUCGAAAUGUUUAUCAAAGUUGUAGCCACCGGAAUGUUCUACGGACCAGACGCAUAUUUUACUUCCGGUUGGAACAUCAUGGACGGUUCACUGGUUAUCAUCUCGAUCAUAGAUCUACUGAUGUCUCUGAUUAGUGAAUCGAGUCCCAGAAUAUUCGGCAUACUACGGGUUUUCCGACUUCUACGAUCGCUGCGUCCAUUGCGGGUUAUCAACAGAGCUCCCGGAUUGAAACUGGUUGUACAAACGCUGCUGUCAUCGCUACGCCCCAUCGGAAAUAUAGUGCUAAUAUGUUGCACAUUUUUCAUUAUUUUCGGUAUCCUAGGAGUUCAGCUCUUCAAAGGCACAUUUUUCUAUUGUGAAGGCGAAAACAUCAAAGGCGUGCGGACUAAAGACGAAUGCAAACGGAUCGACGGUAAUGUGUGGAUAAAUCGAAAAUAUAAUUUCGAUGAUCUUGGCAAGGCGCUGAUGUCCCUGUUCGUACUGUCGUCACGUGACGGCUGGGUCAACAUCAUGUACACCGGACUGGACGCAGUAGGCGUAGAUCAGCAGCCAAUUGUCAACUAUAAUGAAUGGCGGCUGUUGUACUUUAUCGCAUUCAUCCUUCUUGUGGGAUUCUUUGUUUUGAACAUGUUCGUUGGAGUUGUGGUGGAGAACUUCCACAGAUGCCGCGAGGAACAGGAGAAGGAGGAGAAAAUUCGUCGAGCUGCUAAACGAGCUUUGCAGAUGGAGAAAAAGAGAAGACGAAUGCACGAGCCACCGUACUAUACCAACUAUUCCCCGCUGCGCAUGUUUGUCCACAAUGUCGUCACGUCGAAGUAUUUCGAUCUGGCAAUCGCCGCCGUCAUAGGACUGAACGUGGUGACAAUGGCCAUGGAGUACUACAUGAUGCCGCUGCCGCUGGAAUAUGCUCUGAAAAUUUUCAACUACUUCUUCACGGCGGUAUUCAUACUGGAAGCCGCCAUGAAACUGCUGGCCCUGGGAUUGAAAAUCUACAUGAAGGACAAAUGGAACCAGCUGGACGUGGGAAUCGUGAUUCUAUCGAUCGUAGGAAUUGUUCUGGAGGAAUUGGAAACCAACAUCAUCCCCAUCAACCCGACGAUCAUUCGCGUGAUGCGAGUGCUGAGAAUUGCCCGGGUUCUUAAAUUGCUCAAAAUGGCCAAAGGAAUCAGAGCUCUACUUGAUACGGUUAUGCAAGCACUGCCACAGGUGGGAAAUCUUGGUCUACUGUUUUUCCUACUGUUCUUCAUUUUUGCUGCACUGGGAGUGGAACUGUUCGGAAGGUUGGAAUGUUCGGACGAGCUGCCGUGCCAGGGUCUGGGAGAACAUGCCCACUUUGCCAACUUUGGCAUGGCAUUUUUAACACUGUUUCGGGUUGCAACCGGUGACAAUUGGAAUGGCAUUAUGAAGGAUACGCUGCGGGAUGAUUGCGAUGAUGCAGCCGAUUGUGUGAAGAAUUGUUGCGUCAGCACCAUAAUUGCUCCGAUAUUUUUCGUAAUCUUUGUGCUGAUGGCUCAGUUCGUGCUAGUCAAUGUGGUGGUGGCAGUUUUGAUGAAACACCUGGAGGAAAGCCACAAACAGAUGGAAGAUGAGCUCGAUAUCGAAACGGAACUGGAGCGGGAGUUCGAACGGGAACAGGAAUUCGAAGAAGAACAAGCACUUUGUCUACAGCUGGAAAAAGACCAGAAGCAACUACAGAAAAGACCACUGACGAAGGUGUCUUCACUACCGUCAAAUUUUACCUACAGUACGCCAGUAUUAGAGAAACGAUCGAACUUACAGCGACGACAAACAGUACAGUAUUUCAAUCAAAACGUUUCACUUUGUAACUCGUAUUCAAACGCAAAUUCCUACGAUGAAACAGCGGAAAAUAAUAUAAAAGAAGAUGAUCUGGAACCGCCAGGCACUGUCAAUGAUAAUGCUAGCGAUAAAAGUGCCAAUAAGAAAAUACACAUCAACAAAUCAUUGUUCAACAAAAGUGUGGAAAGAAAAGCAUCGACAGACGAGUUCAAAACACAGCAAAAAACCGGUGAUGAUUUCGCGGUCAAUUCGUUGAAACACACCAACAGUUGGAAGGAAAAUAAUAUCGAACACAGCCUGAAAGACUCGACGGCAGACUCGACGUUGAAAAUGUCCUGCCCAACGAUUGUACCAACGGCCAAAGGGAUCUCGAAAAACAACAAACCGGAAUACCGUCAAUUAAGUCUCGAUUGUGAUGUGAAAGCCAACCUAAACCUCCCAAGUUCGGGCAGUAAAUUUUUCUCCACUGCCCCCGGCGGCAGCAGCAACAGCAGCAACAGUGUUCAAAAUACACUGAACAACAACAACAACAACCAGAACAGUAACAACAGCAACAACAAAUCCUUUCUCUCCGUGCCCAAAUUGCAGUCCAAGAGCCGUUCCGGUAGCACGAAACAACUGUUCAAACAAGCUGCCCUGGAUGAGGAUCCCGAAACGAACGAAAGUUCGUUGCUACUACCUUCGGCUUCACAUACAACUGCCUCCAGUGCCGGUGAUCAUUCCUUCAAUAAGCUGACUGUGUGCAGCGAAGAUGCCGUGAAAAAGUCCGAAUCAUGCGAAAUCCUGCGGAUAAUUUCGGAACGGAGGAAAAUAUUCUUCCAUUUGAUAAUACUUGCAUGGACUGGAAUCUUUCUAUGCUGCUGUUUAACGUUACUUCUUGUUGUCGUGAUCGCUCCGAACGUUUCGAAUGUUGAAAAUAAUGCUGUUUUUUUCACCGUUCAGAUCCUUACCCAAGAGGACUGGAACGUCGUUCUGUUCAAUGGAAUGGAAAAAACAAGCCACUGGGCAGCAUUAUACUUUGUCACCCUGAUGACAUUCGGGAACUACGUGCUGUUCAAUUUACUGGUAGCCAUUUUAGUCGAAGGAUUCAGCUCGGAGAGGAACGAGAGACGAGAACGUGAACAACGCGAACUUGUCAAAGCUAAAUUGAAUGCCGAAUCGUUGGCCGCACAAGAACAAAAUAGCGAUAUUUUUGACGAUCCUAAAAGCUUCUCCGAGUCAACCACCAGCGACAGCUACAACGAAGCCCGAGGGAAGUGGUUCAGUGCAGAAGAAUUGCGAAAGAUCAGAGAUAUUAAAUGCAACAUUCAGAAACAACGUUUACUACAACCGGAUUAUGAUAUAAACUUAUCCAUACCGAAAUUAAACUCAGACAAAGACAUCCUAAACUCCGUUGAUCCACACGCAACCAAAAAGAAAAAAUGCGAACCACUAACACUGUACAACCUGCAGCACAUAGACGCUCCCAUUAUAACGACAACGGCUGCCACCCCACAGGACUCUCCGAAUGGAACCCUGGAAGUGGGAAGCGGUUUCCGAGAUUGGGAAAACAUGCAAUCGGAGAGAGGCGAAAGUGCAACACUACUCAAACCACCGCCGGUUCUUGGUUCUCUGAAAGCAAUAGAUGAUCGAUCCUUCCUAGAAGGGACACCCGUGUUCAAUGAAAUUCGAAGAAAGUCUGAAAAAUCUCACAACACUCCGAAUGAGUACCGACAAUCAACCGGCAAUCGUGGUCGACAAUCAAGCUUGAGUGAGACACAGGAAAAACAUGGAAUUUCACGAAAAUGCAGCUUAAAAUUACAAAACAAUGCACUGAAAGAGAAGGAAGUCCUGAACAACGGAAGAGGACAAACACUAUCCAACAUUCGAAAAAACAACACUCUACUUCAGAAAACCUACCGCAUUCAGAAUGACACUCAACGGGAUAAACAUAGUGUUUCGCGGAGAAACUCCACCAGAAGGUCGUCCUCGGUUCGCAUGGGAAGCAAUACGGGCAGCAUAGCCAGCAACAUAAGCGCCACGUCUUACUCCAAAUAUCCGUACAAUGAAAACGAUCAGUUCUUUUUCGAUCGGAAAAACUCGCUACGAUUGAGUGACAUCCGAAGUCCGAACAAUGCCCGUCGAAUGUCGGCGAUCGAGCAAACAUAUCGGAAGCAUUCCCGCGUGGCACUGCACAACUUUGAACUGCGAAAGAUUCAGGAAGAACUCAGCAAGAACAACAAUCAACCGGCAGCCGCACCGGAUACGGUUGAACAAGUCCAGAACUCCACCGUGGAGGUUUCACCCGCAAGACAGAAGAAAAAGUCCAAAGGACGGUUGAAGCAGUUCUUCCGUUAUGUAACGCCUCAUAAUUUUGUGGAGGAACGGGAUUUGUACACUCUGUACAUAUUUCCCGGGGACAACCGAUUCCGUCAGAUGUGUAGCUGGUUCGUGAAUCAGAAAUGGUUCGAUAAUGUGAUCCUGCUGUUUAUUGCACUGAACUGCAUAACAUUGGCUAUGGAAAGACCCAACAUACCACCCAACUGUCCGGAGCGAUACUUUCUGUCAACGGCGAACUAUGUGUUCACGGUGGUGUUUGCAGUCGAAAUGUUUAUCAAAGUUGUAGCCACCGGAAUGUUCUACGGACCAGACGCAUAUUUUACUUCCGGUUGGAACAUCAUGGACGGUUCACUGGUUAUCAUCUCGAUCAUAGAUCUACUGAUGUCUCUGAUUAGUGAAUCGAGUCCCAGAAUAUUCGGCAUACUACGGGUUUUCCGACUUCUACGAUCGCUGCGUCCAUUGCGGGUUAUCAACAGAGCUCCCGGAUUGAAACUGGUUGUACAAACGCUGCUGUCAUCGCUACGCCCCAUCGGAAAUAUAGUGCUAAUAUGUUGCACAUUUUUCAUUAUUUUCGGUAUCCUAGGAGUUCAGCUCUUCAAAGGCACAUUUUUCUAUUGUGAAGGCGAAAACAUCAAAGGCGUGCGGACUAAAGACGAAUGCAAACGGAUCGACGGUAAUGUGUGGAUAAAUCGAAAAUAUAAUUUCGAUGAUCUUGGCAAGGCGCUGAUGUCCCUGUUCGUACUGUCGUCACGUGACGGCUGGGUCAACAUCAUGUACACCGGACUGGACGCAGUAGGCGUAGAUCAGCAGCCAAUUGUCAACUAUAAUGAAUGGCGGCUGUUGUACUUUAUCGCAUUCAUCCUUCUUGUGGGAUUCUUUGUUUUGAACAUGUUCGUUGGAGUUGUGGUGGAGAACUUCCACAGAUGCCGCGAGGAACAGGAGAAGGAGGAGAAAAUUCGUCGAGCUGCUAAACGAGCUUUGCAGAUGGAGAAAAAGAGAAGACGAAUGCACGAGCCACCGUACUAUACCAACUAUUCCCCGCUGCGCAUGUUUGUCCACAAUGUCGUCACGUCGAAGUAUUUCGAUCUGGCAAUCGCCGCCGUCAUAGGACUGAACGUGGUGACAAUGGCCAUGGAGUACUACAUGAUGCCGCUGCCGCUGGAAUAUGCUCUGAAAAUUUUCAACUACUUCUUCACGGCGGUAUUCAUACUGGAAGCCGCCAUGAAACUGCUGGCCCUGGGAUUGAAAAUCUACAUGAAGGACAAAUGGAACCAGCUGGACGUGGGAAUCGUGAUUCUAUCGAUCGUAGGAAUUGUUCUGGAGGAAUUGGAAACCAACAUCAUCCCCAUCAACCCGACGAUCAUUCGCGUGAUGCGAGUGCUGAGAAUUGCCCGGGUUCUUAAAUUGCUCAAAAUGGCCAAAGGAAUCAGAGCUCUACUUGAUACGGUUAUGCAAGCACUGCCACAGGUGGGAAAUCUUGGUCUACUGUUUUUCCUACUGUUCUUCAUUUUUGCUGCACUGGGAGUGGAACUGUUCGGAAGGUUGGAAUGUUCGGACGAGCUGCCGUGCCAGGGUCUGGGAGAACAUGCCCACUUUGCCAACUUUGGCAUGGCAUUUUUAACACUGUUUCGGGUUGCAACCGGUGACAAUUGGAAUGGCAUUAUGAAGGAUACGCUGCGGGAUGAUUGCGAUGAUGCAGCCGAUUGUGUGAAGAAUUGUUGCGUCAGCACCAUAAUUGCUCCGAUAUUUUUCGUAAUCUUUGUGCUGAUGGCUCAGUUCGUGCUAGUCAAUGUGGUGGUGGCAGUUUUGAUGAAACACCUGGAGGAAAGCCACAAACAGAUGGAAGAUGAGCUCGAUAUCGAAACGGAACUGGAGCGGGAGUUCGAACGGGAACAGGAAUUCGAAGAAGAACAAGCACUUUGUCUACAGCUGGAAAAAGACCAGAAGCAACUACAGAAAAGACCACUGACGAAGGUGUCUUCACUACCGUCAAAUUUUACCUACAGUACGCCAGUAUUAGAGAAACGAUCGAACUUACAGCGACGACAAACAGUACAGUAUUUCAAUCAAAACGUUUCACUUUGUAACUCGUAUUCAAACGCAAAUUCCUACGAUGAAACAGCGGAAAAUAAUAUAAAAGAAGAUGAUCUGGAACCGCCAGGCACUGUCAAUGAUAAUGCUAGCGAUAAAAGUGCCAAUAAGAAAAUACACAUCAACAAAUCAUUGUUCAACAAAAGUGUGGAAAGAAAAGCAUCGACAGACGAGUUCAAAACACAGCAAAAAACCGGUGAUGAUUUCGCGGUCAAUUCGUUGAAACACACCAACAGUUGGAAGGAAAAUAAUAUCGAACACAGCCUGAAAGACUCGACGGCAGACUCGACGUUGAAAAUGUCCUGCCCAACGAUUGUACCAACGGCCAAAGGGAUCUCGAAAAACAACAAACCGGAAUACCGUCAAUUAAGUCUCGAUUGUGAUGUGAAAGCCAACCUAAACCUCCCAAGUUCGGGCAGUAAAUUUUUCUCCACUGCCCCCGGCGGCAGCAGCAACAGCAGCAACAGUGUUCAAAAUACACUGAACAACAACAACAACAACCAGAACAGUAACAACAGCAACAACAAAUCCUUUCUCUCCGUGCCCAAAUUGCAGUCCAAGAGCCGUUCCGGUAGCACGAAACAACUGUUCAAACAAGCUGCCCUGGAUGAGGAUCCCGAAACGAACGAAAGUUCGUUGCUACUACCUUCGGCUUCACAUACAACUGCCUCCAGUGCCGGUGAUCAUUCCUUCAAUAUGCUGACUGUGUGCAGCGAAGAUGCCGUGAAAAAGUCCGAAUCAUGCGAAAUCCUGCGGAUAAUUUCGGAACGGAGGAAAAUAUAAUGCCAAGAUGAAAUUGAUUGUUCCAAAUUUUAAUGAAAACCAAACGUAAUUCUUCGUAGUAGACUUAUAGAAGAACUUUUAACGGAUCUGAGAGAAAAAAAAUCGUUACUCGUUUCCUUGGUCGUAACAAGCGACCUCAGAAAAGACUAGUUCUGGUUCGGAUUAUUGUCGAAGCCUCGCCUUUUACUGUCAGGAAUGGCGAGCACUUGCAGCACACGUCACUCCUGACAGAUGAACAGAUUUUCUGGAAAUUUCAAAACAAUUGUACUAUUUUCUCUUUUGUUACUACGUAAGUCAAUACAUUAUUAUGGUAGAUCAGUAGACUCAAAAUUAUACAAAAGAUUUAGUCAGAGCAACAAAAUCGAAAGUAACGUUAGUAUUCGGUGUUUACAUAUUAAAUAUACUAAGAAACUGACAAGGUUGUAAACUAUUUUUAUUGGUCUUGUUUUUCGUUUAAUGUUCAGAAAUUUACUAGCUAUAAAAUGAAGCAUGACAAUCUCGUAGAAGCCUUCCUAUUGUAACACUUACAUUCUGUAUAAGGACAACUAGUAAUAAAUACUAAAAUAAUGGAAAA